GUGUGUGUGUGUGAGUGUGCGCGCUCCGAGUGUGUGUGUAUUUGUGUAUCGGCGGUCCCGCAGGUCCCGGAUGUUGCGGACAGUAUGAAGCGAGCGCAGGGGGACGGGGACCAGCAGCUGUCGCCGCCGUUCUCAGAGGUUUCCUGUUAGACCAGACAAAUUAGAGUCUUCCUACUGACUUGACUUGGGUGAAGAGAGAACAGAAAUCUUUGUGCCCUGACUUUGGAGAUCUUGUUUAACCUUCAAACUGGCGAUGUCAAGGGUUCCAAGUCCUCCACCUCCGGCAGAAAUGUCGAGUGGCCCUGUAGCUGAGAGCUGGUGCUACACACAGAUCAAGGUAGUGAAAUUCUCCUACAUGUGGACCAUCAAUAACUUUAGCUUUUGCCGGGAGGAAAUGGGUGAAGUCAUUAAAAGUUCAACCUUUUCAUCAGGAGCCAAUGAUAAACUGAAAUGGUGUUUGCGAGUAAACCCAAAAGGGCUAGAUGAAGAAAGCAAAGAUUAUCUGUCACUUUACCUGUUACUGGUCAGCUGUCCAAAGAGUGAAGUUCGGGCAAAAUUCAAAUUCUCCAUCCUGAAUGCCAAGGGAGAGGAAACCAAAGCUAUGGAGAGUCAACGGGCAUAUAGGUUUGUGCAAGGCAAAGACUGGGGAUUCAAAAAAUUCAUCCGUAGAGAUUUUCUCUUGGAUGAGGCUAACGGGCUUCUCCCUGAUGACAAGCUUACCCUCUUCUGUGAGGUGAGCGUGGUGCAAGAUUCCGUCAACAUUUCCGGCCAGAACACCAUGAAUAUGGUGAAGGUCCCUGAGUGCCGGCUGGCAGAUGAGCUGGGAGGACUGUGGGAGAACUCCCGGUUCACGGACUGCUGUCUGUGCGUUGCCGGCCAGGAGUUCCAGGCUCACAAAGCUAUCUUGGCAGCUCGUUCUCCAGUUUUUAGUGCCAUGUUUGAACAUGAAAUGGAGGAGAGCAAAAAGAAUCGGGUUGAAAUCAAUGAUGUGGAGCCUGAAGUUUUUAAGGAAAUGAUGUGCUUCAUUUACACGGGGAAGGCUCCGAACCUCGACAAAAUGGCUGAUGAUUUGUUGGCAGCUGCUGACAAGUACGCCCUGGAGCGCUUGAAGGUCAUGUGCGAGGACGCCCUCUGCAGUAACCUCUCCGUGGAGAACGCCGCAGAGAUUCUCAUCCUGGCUGACCUCCACAGCGCCGAUCAGUUGAAAACUCAGGCAGUGGACUUCAUCAACUAUCAUGCUUCGGAUGUCUUGGAGACCUCCGGGUGGAAGUCAAUGGUGGUGUCGCAUCCCCACUUGGUGGCUGAGGCCUACCGCUCUCUGGCUUCAGCACAGUGCCCUUUUCUGGGACCCCCACGCAAGCGCCUGAAGCAGUCCUAAGAUCCUGCCUGUCGUAAGACUCCGUGUGUUUUCCUGAAGCAGCGGCCACCGUUGCUGCCACUGACCACCAGGUAGACAGCGCAAUCUGUGGAGCUUUUACUCUGUCGUGGGGGCAGAAGACUGCAUCGUGGCCCCCAGGCUUUCAAAACAGCACUAAAUAAACUUGGGGGAAGCGGGGGGUGGGAAGGGCCCGGGACCUGGGGCUGCUCAACCUAAUGAAAACCCUGUUGCUGCGUCACUGUGUUCCCUUUGGCCUGGCCGACUUUGGUACUGUGGGGAUUCAGUUUAGGCGCCGGCCCGGAGGACGUCCCAGCGGUGGUACUUCGGAGAGACCUGUCUGCAUCUGACUGAGCAGAACAGAUCGUCAGGUGCCUGGAGCAAAAAGGAAAAAAAAAAAAAAAAAAAAAAA